CGCUUUUCAUCCUCUCAAUUUCGUUAACACCCCCUCUUCGAAAAGGAAGUGGGUAGAAACUCACUGGUAGUGGUUGUAUACGCAUGGCCAUGUGAGAGAAUUUGGAGAGGGAGAACUGACUCGCCCUACUCUCGGUCGUACCAGUAGUAGAUAUAGUAAACGCAUAAGUGGUAUUAGAAAAGGUUAAAUAUAAGAGAUAUAAUUCAAAAAGAAAGUAAAAAUUAGUAAAAUAAGAAGAAAAAAGAAUUAAGAAACUUAAGAUCUACGGGAAGACAAAAAUGAAUGCACCUGUACCAUCGCGAACGAUUCCGUGUCAUAUCAACCGAAGUCUUAGGAUUGGUUACGAUAAUAAUGCUAAAACCAACCAGAUAGCGUGGACCUACCUACAUGGCUCAGUCCAAUAGUCAAUGUCUUAAUGGACCGGCUUUAUGUUUUGGUUUAGGCGCCCCCGACUUUGUUCAACCCCCUCAAUUAUCCAUUACCAUGCGACAAAGUAGUCUGUGGAUGAGCACAUGUAAUACAUGUCCCAACCACCUUAGUCGAUAUAGAUUCACUACGACGUCAAUUGAUUUGCCAUACUUAGUUAGCACUCUGCGUCCAACCUUCGAAUUGCUAACUCGAUGGUUUCAAAAUAUACGAGCAAUGUUUAGUAGACAUCUAUGGUCGAAUUAUUUAUUUUAUUUAAACAUAUAAAUAUUGGUACAAGGAAGCA